UCCGUUGCUGCUCAGCUCUCGUAAACUGUCUCAUCCACCGACCGGACGCCCAGUAACCCACUCUGCGAGACACCGGGAUGGUAUAGGAGCAGCGGGAGGCAUGGUACCUCUUCUAAAGGUCUGGUUGCCGGCCAGGAAGUGUCUUUGGGCAUGAGGCAGCGUUGCCAUGGAGCUCAGAUAGACCCGCCCUCUUUCCAGUUUGUUUGUUGGUGUUCCGGUAACCAUGGGAACGUGGCGGCAGGUGCGUGCCGCCUUCCUGAUUGGCUCCCUCUUCAUGAUCCUGCUCAUCAUCUUAUACUGGGACGACGUGAGCGCGCUCAACUUGUACGACCCUCUGCGUGACCUUUACACCCGCCGUGACCCCUGGUCGACAUCGACGCAGACCUCCAGCCCCCCCCCCUCCCCCGGCCCAUCCCUCACCCCUCCCUUCUCACUCUUCUGGGGGAGCUUGGCUGCCCUGGGGAGGGUGUUUUCCUCCCUGCCCCCCUCCAGGGGGGAUCAGACUGGGGUUGACCCCAUUCUUGGGGAGGUGGCGGAGCCAGGAAGCCACUCCCACCCUCCCCUUGACCUCAUCACUCCCGCUGGGCAGAGGAGAGGCAAAGAAGAAGGGAAACAGAGGAUGAAAGCAGAGGAGAGGGAGGUGGGGGAGGAGAGGAUGAGAGGAGAGGAGGAGAGGGAGGUGGGGGAGGAGAGGAGGAGAAAAGAGGAGGAGGGGAGGCAAAAGGAGAGGAGGAGGCGGAUCAGGGGUGUGUGUUCUGGAGGCGGUUCUGUGGAGUUCCCAGGGCGGACUCUGACCUUUAACCAGAUCCCCAACACCGAGCUGGAUCACCUGAUUGUGGACGACAAACACAAGGUCAUCUACUGCUACGUACCCAAGGUGGCGUGCACCAACUGGAAACGCGUGAUGGUCGUCCUCUCCCAGGGUCUCCUAGCAACGGACGGACAACCCUACGCCGACCCCCAGGCGGUGCCCUCGGACCUCGUCCACAACUCAACCCUCCACCUGACCUUCUCCAAGUUCUGGCGUCGCUACGGCCGCCUCUCACGCCACCUCAUGUCCGUCAAGCUCCAGAGCUACACCAAGUUCCUGUUCGUGCGAGAUCCCUUCGUCCGGCUCAUCUCAGCCUUCCGGAACAAACUCGGCCAGCCCAACCAGGACUUCUACCGGCAGUUCGGCGCCGUCAUGCUGCGUCGCUACGGCGACGGGGGGGCGGAGCUCCCGGAGACGGCGGCAGAGGCGUUCUCGGCGGGGCUCCGCCCCUCCUUCACAGCGUUCGUCCGUUACCUGCUGGACCCGGAGACGGAGAGGGAGGAGGAGUUUAACGAGCACUGGCGUCAGGUGUACCGGCUCUGCCACCCCUGCCAGGUGAACUACGACUUUGUGGGUCGUUUGGAGGAUCUGGAGCGUGACGCUGACCAGCUGCUGAGGAUUCUGGGAGUGGACCGCCUGAUCCGCUUCCCGCCUAGCAACAGGAACCGCACGGCGACCAGCUGGGAGCGUGAUUGGUUCGCUGGGGUUCCGCUGGAUCUGCGGAGGAAGCUGUAUGAGCUCUAUGAACCCGACUUCAAACUGUUCGGUUACCCCAAACCCCAGGAUCUGUUACACCUGUAACCACAUGCUGUUACACCUGUUACCUACACACCUCAAACACACCUGUUGCCAUGGUUGCGUGUUGCCCCUGGUUACACAGGCAGUAGCAACACUGGUGGUGCCUUGAAACCCACAGACCUCAGACCACUCUGAGGACACUCAAGAGGGGUGUGUGUGUGCGUGUGUGUGUUGCAGAGGGACUUCAUUCAGGAACGUACUAGUGUCUCCUGAACUGUUUUGUAAAGGGAAGAACAUUGUGUAAAAAAAAAAUCUCCCAAAAAGUUAACUUUUUAAAUACUUUUUUAAAUUAAUAAAUCUAACUAGUUUUGAUAUGGCCAAACAGACUGGCACGGCUAUA